AUGAAUACAGGGUACUUGACUUUGCUAAUUAAUAAAAAGGUCCUGCGUGUUAUUCUUGUGUUGGUUUGUUCAACGUGUGUGUUGGCUGAUUACUACUAUGACUACUAUGGUCCCUAUAGCUGGGAAGAUGACCGUGAAUAUGGCGACGACGAUGGGGAAAGUGGGAGUGGUAGUGGAGCUGGCAGCAAAAGCAACGAAGCUGGCAGCAAAAGCAAUGGAAACUGUGGCAGUUGGCGCUGGGUUCUCCACAAUGGCAACUGUUACAGGUUUCAAAAUGAUUAUUUUAAAAACUGGGAGCAAGCACAGGCAGAAUGUAGAAAGGAUGACGCGGAGUUACUCAGUAUUACUGACCAAAAAGAAUUCGAAUACGCUGCAGCCCAAGCAAAGGCACUUGAUUGGGUGGCGCCCCGGCAACCUGUGUGGAUUGGCCUGGUCCACGUGAAUGGUCAGUAUGAAUGGACGGAUGGGUCGCCGGUCAAAUUCACAAACUGGAAGAAGGGAGAACCAAAUGACUACGGCAGUUGUGUCAAAACAUAUACUGCAAUGUAUAAACAGGAUGGUGGAUGGGCUGAUGUAAAUUGUAAAUUCCGGGAGAGUUACGUAGAUACACCAGCAGGAUAUAUCUGCAAAAAGCCUGAACCCAUUGCUCAGAUUACAACCAUUCAGGCGGGAACAAGCACGAAUACUAUUCCUCGUCCUACAAGAGGUCCUGUAGGAUCGUCAAUGAAAAACUGCAAGACGUCGGAUUUAGGAAAAUCAUAUGCUGGAAAUGAAUCAAAAACAAAGUCCAAGAAGUUAUGCAUGCCAUGGGCUGCGGCAGCAGGUCAAGACAAUUUCUGGUUACCCACGUCGAAUCAAAUCUUCCCAGAGGGCAGUGGAGAAGUUGGUUUGAAAUCAGCAAAGAACUUCUGCCGAAAUCCGGAUUCCAGUGAAUAUGGACCGUGGUGUUUCAUUGAUCUGUUUGGUACGAGAGAAUUGUGUAACAUUGAGCUGUGUCCUGCAGAUGACGACCAGACUGGAGGGCUCGAUGACAUUGAGAACAGUGUGAAGCCAUUAAUAGCCCCGUAAAUCUGUUAAAAGGCUGGGGGACCUAGCUCCUGGACAUAUAUCUAAGUGAAGGAUAGUUAACGUUGUAUGCUAAACAUAUUUUUGAAAUGUUCAAUAAAGAUAUUGUCAAAACAUAACAUAAUGUUGACAAUCUGAGUAGUGUGUGAGCUUCGGUUACGAUCUUGAAUGUAUCUAUAACUUGUAGACCCUAAGAAAUGAAACAACUCUUUUUCCCAAUAUCAUCAAUCAAAUCCUUUUUGAGCCUCAUAGAAUCAGUCGUUGAAAUUAUGAAGAAAUUAUGAUCCGU